UCCCUUCCGUCCUCCUCUUCUCUCCCCGCCCCACUCCGGAAUCGCAAACCCUGACCUCGCAGAAACCCUAGCUCUCGCCCCUCGCCCUUCCCCCUCCUCUCCUCUCCUCCGUCGCCGCGCAGGUGGCCUCAUCUCCGCCGCGGCGGGCCGCCCCCUCCCCAUGGGCUCCGAUGCGGACAUGGAGGACUACGGGUUCGAGUACUCGGACGACGAGCCCGAGGAGCAGGACGUCGAUAUAGAGAACCAGUAUUACAACUCCAAAGGUAUGGUCGAGACAGACCCUGAGGGUGCACUUGCUGGCUUUGAUCAAGUAGUACGCAUGGAGCCUGAAAAGGCUGAAUGGGGAUUCAAAGCUCUGAAACAAACAGUGAAGCUGUAUUAUCGACUUGUGAAGUACAAAGAAAUGAUGGAUGCUUAUAGGGAGAUGCUGACAUACAUAAAAUCUGCCGUGACACGUAACUACAGUGAGAAAUGUAUAAACAACAUAAUGGAUUUUGUCUCUGGAUCAGCUAGUCAAAACUUCUCUCUUCUGCAAGAAUUCUAUCAGACAACACUGAAAGCACUUGAAGAGGCAAAAAAUGAGAGAUUAUGGUUUAAAACAAAUCUGAAGCUUUGCAAAAUUUGGUUUGACAUGGGGGAGUAUGGUCGGAUGAGCAAGAUUCUGAAGGAACUGCAUAAAUCAUGUCAAAGAGAAGAUGGUUCUGAUGAUCAGAAGAAAGGCACACAACUUUUGGAAGUCUAUGCUAUUGAGAUCCAAAUGUACACUGAAACAAAGAACAACAAAAAACUCAAGGAACUAUAUACGAAGGCUCUUUCCAUCAAAUCAGCAAUACCUCAUCCAAGAAUCAUGGGUAUAAUUCGUGAAUGUGGUGGAAAGAUGCACAUGGCUGAAAGACAGUGGGCAGAUGCUGCAACUGAUUUCUUUGAAGCAUUCAAAAACUAUGAUGAAGCUGGCAAUCCACGGAGAAUUCAGUGCCUGAAAUAUCUUGUUCUUGCAAAUAUGUUGAUGGAAUCUGAAGUGAAUCCCUUUGAUGGGCAAGAGGCCAAGCCGUACAAAAAUGAUCCUGAGAUCCUCGCCAUGACAAACUUGAUUGCAGCAUAUCAGAAGAAUGACAUAAUGGAAUUUGAAAAGAUCCUAAAGAGCAAUAGAAGAACAAUAAUGGAUGACCCUUUCAUCCGUAAUUACAUUGAGGACCUAUUGAAGAACAUUAGAACUCAAGUUCUGCUCAAGCUUAUUAAGCCAUAUACAAGAAUCAGGAUUCCAUUCAUUUCACAGGAGCUAAAUUUCCCAGAAAAGGAUGUGGAGCAGCUUUUGGUCUCGCUCAUUCUGGAUAACCGCAUCCAGGGUCACAUAGAUCAGGUGAACAAGCUACUAGAACGCGGUGACAGGUCAAAGGGAAUGAGGAAAUACCAAGCCAUAGACAAGUGGAACACACAGCUGAAGUCCAUCUAUCAAACGGUGUCCAACAGGGUUGGGUGAGGUAGCAGGAUGCCUGGGCACCUCUGCCUGCUUGCUUGUUUUUUGUUGUGGUGGGUAAAUGCAGCGAGUGUUUUGGUGCGUACAUUACACAUUUGAGAUAGGCUCCUGGAUGGGUAAAGAAAAACAACCGUCUGUGUAUUAAUUAAAACCCGGUACUCCGUUUGGCGGAUUAUAUCCCACUCCUUUUUUGCGCGCCAUGUAAA